GCACAACAUUCACAGUAGGAAUAUUUAUUGCAUAAGAAAUAUGCAUAGCACCUUGCCACUGCAUUAUUCAUAUCACCUGAUCAAAAUUUUUCUGGUAGCCAUUGUUUUUGUGGCUCCGAAAAUGAACAUCUUUGGGCUUAGCGUGGCACAAGAAAGUUUUACCAACUCCACUUGUGUUGAUAUAGAGAGAGAAGCGCUUCUCAGUUUUAAACAAGGGCUCCGUGAUCCAUCAGGCAGGCUUUCGUUCUGGACCGGUACUAAUUGCUGCCAAUGGAGUGGCAUCAAAUGCAACAUGUUAGGGAAUGUCAUCAAGGUUGAUCUGCGGAGUAGAUCUCCAUCUGCUACUUACAGAAGCUCAUGUUUGGGUGGUGAGGUAAACUCUUCUUUGCUUAAUUUAAAGCAUCUAAGUUAUUUGGACCUGAGCUUGAACUGUUUUGAGGGACUUCGAAUUCCUGAAUUCUUUGGAGAACUCAAGAACUUAAGAUAUCUAAAUCUAUCCUCCUCCUCAUUUUCCGGGGAAAUCCCACCUCAUCUUGGAAAUUUAUCUAGCUUGCAUUAUCUUGAUCUUGAGAUGAAAGAUGAUGACACAACUACAAUAACAUUCAGAUUAUUGUCCAGUAACUUAACAUGGCUCUCAGGUCUUAUUUCCAUAAAAUAUCUCAACAUGGGAAAUACUAACCUAGGUGGCCAAGGACCAGAAUUGUUUCGAUCAGUCAAUAUGCUUCCUGUUCUUGAAGAAUUACACUUGCAUUCAUGUGACCUUUACUAUCUCCCACGCUCACUUUCCACUGUCAACAUGACCUUGCUUUCUGUCCUUGAUCUUUCUGAUAAUCAAAUUCAGUCUUCAAUACCAAAUUGGAUUUCUAACCUCACCAGUCUUACAGAACUAGAUCUUAGCAAUGACUAUUUUAAUCUUAAUGGGAAUAUUCCUAGAGAAUGUGAGGACAAGGCCUCUAAAGAAGAUCUCGAUCCUCAAUUAUAUUAUGGAAUAGCAGGUUGGAUACCUGAAUCCUUGGGAAGUCUAUGUGGCCUAAAAGUUUUGAACCUCACUGGAAAUCUUAUGACAGGUGAAAUUGAUGGAUUUUUAGAUAAAUUCACCACUGUUUGUCCCAACAACAGCUUGGUAGCACUAGGCCUGGGGGGAAACCAAUUUUCAGGGGAAUUACCAAGUUCAUUGGGGAAACUCAAGUAUCUGAAACAACUUCAUAUCGGUCAGAACUGUUUCUGGGGAUCCAUUCCAAGAACUAUAGGAAACUUAUUGUUCUUGCAGGAAUUGGAUGUUUCUCUCAAUGAAAUGAAUGGAACCAUUCCAAAAAGUUUAGGGAAACUUUCUCGUGUCACUGAUUUGAAACUUGAAAACAACCACUGGCAAGGUGUUAUAACAGAAGACCAUCUCAUGAAUCUUGAAAAAUUGCAAUAUUUAAGUCUCAGCACAGAUAGAGCCAGGCCAUUGGUUUUCAAUGUUACACCUCAAUGGAAUCCUCCUUUCAGGCUCUUGUCUCUGGAGCUAUAUAACUGUAUAGUGGGACCUAAGCUUCCUGAAUGGAUUCGUGUUCAAAGUAAACUCAAUGUUGUAAUCCUUCAAAAUGCAGGAAUUGAAGACACCGUGCCUGAGGAUUGGUUCUUCAACAUAUCAUCUCAAGUCACCCUCUUGGACCUGUCUUAUAAUAUGAUAAUGGGGAAGCUUCCACUGAAGUUAAAAUUUCCAGAACUUGGAACUAUAGACUUGAGGAAUAAUCGUUUUGAGGGACCAGUGCCACUUUGCUUUACCAAUGCGACCUACAUGUUUCUACAACAAAAUUUGUUCUCAGGGCCUAUCCCGAAUGAUAUCAGUGAACUAACAGAAUUGAGAAUUCUUGAUGUUUCCAAGAACUAUCUAACUGGUAUGAUCCCAUCAGCAGUAUGUGAAAUGGCAUCUUUGGAUAUUCUAUCUCUCAGAGAAAAUCAAUUUCACGGGCAGCUACCUCAGUGUUGGAAUGAUUUACAGAGGAUAACGGUUUUGGAUAUAGCAAGCAAUAAUCUAUCUGGCGAAAUUCCUAGUUCACUAGGUCUCCUGCAAGUUCUCAGAAUAUUGAGUUUAAGCAACAAUAGUUUGAGUGGACAGAUUCCUUCAUCGUUUCAGAAUUGCACAGAUCUGAAGAUACUAGAUCUUGGAAAUAACAAAUUGUCCGGAAACCUGCCAUUGUGGAUUGGAAAUGAUUCGACCCAAUUCUGGAUCCUAGGCUUAAAAUCUAACAAGCUAAAUGGAACCAUCCCAAGACAGUGGUGCAAUCUUUCAGAUCUUCAUAUUUUGGAUUUGGCCGAGAACAGUCUUUCAGGGUCUAUCCCAAGCUGUCUGGGUGAUCUUAGUUCAUUGAUUUACUCUAAAACUGACUUGAACAAUAAAUACUCUGUUGAAGAUAGUUACUACUUCCAAGAGCAAAUGCUCAUGGUGACAAAAGGAAGAGUAAUGGAAUUUAGCAAGACGCUGAAGUUUGUCAAUAUCAUAAAUCUUUCCAGUAAUAUUCUAACAGGGGAAAUACCACAUGGAAUAACAAACCUCACAGCACUUGGAACCUUGAACAUUUCAGGUAAUUAUCUCACAGGUAACAUUCCGAAUGAGAUUGGUAACAUGAGAUGGUUAGAAACACUUGACUUCUCUAUAAACAAGCUUUCUGGACCUAUUCCACAAAGCCUUUCAUUACUCGAAUCUUUAAGUUACUUCAAUGUAUCAUAUAACAAUUUGGUUGGAAGGAUUCCACAGGGAAAUCAACUGCAGACACUCACUGAUGUGUCAAUCUAUGAAGGUAAUCCUUCAUUAUGUGGGAAACCCCUUCUGUCAAAGUGUCCUGGUUCUGAUAUUGGUUCCGAUGUACCUAUUUCACAAUCUCCAGAUUAUGAUUCUGAAACUGAGCUAGAAAAUCUGUUGUUCUACUGUUGUGGGUUUGUUUUUGGUAUAAGUGGUGUUUGGUGCACUCUGUGGAAGAAAGAUACAUGGAGAGAAGCUUACUUUUCAUUCUUUAAUUUAGCUUAACAGCUUAUUUCAUGUAAAUAUUAUUUGGCUACUGUCAUACAUUGUUAUAUAAUGAUAAAGUUUGGCUUAGAGUUCAUAUAGCAAUACAAUUAUAUC